AUGAGAGGAGUAAUGAGGCAACGAAUGCUGAAUCCGGACCACUGGCCAAUGCUCCUCUGUCUCCAGCUGCAGUGGCAGAUUGGUGAGGGCAAGUGUAUCAAGGACAAUUAUGUAAUCAAUGUGAUGCAGCAGAAUCAAUCAGACCUUCCAUGGACCUUCGAUAAAAUAAAACCAGCUGUGCAGCUGGGACUACGUAUUGUAGAAGAGCAGCUGCAGAAGGCAGGAGAAAAUGUGACAAUCAAUGCCACCUACCAUACCUUCAACACAUCACUGUAUAUCUCACAGGGCUGUCGCACUGCCACCUGUGAAGGUGUGGAGGUCAUCAAGCAACUCCUUAAUACUGGGACACUUGGCUGCGUUGUCCUGGGACCCACUUGUACUUAUGCCACGUACCAGAUGUUCUCCAUUGACACAAUAUUGGACUUCCCAAUGAUCUCUGCAGGGAGCUUUGGGCUGUCAUGUGACUAUAAAGACAACCUAACUCGAAUCCUGACUCCAGCCAGGAAACUGACCUACUUCUUCGUUGACUUCUGGAAAAAGUCCAAUUUGCCAUUCAAAACCAGCUCCUGGGAAUCCACCUACCUGUAUAAGACAAAUAACAUCACAGAAGACUGCUUCUGGUACCUCAAUGCACUGGAGGCUGGAGUCUCAUACUUCUCUUCAGAGGUGAAAUUCAAAGAGGUUUUAAGGACACCAGAACAAUUAAAGAAAAUUGUGAAGGAUCAGAGCCGGAAAAGCAAUGUGAUCAUCAUGUGUGGAUCCCCAGCUGAUGUCAAGACAAUCCUUGGGGAAGAGAAAGUGGAUGAGGACAUAGUCAUCAUCCUGGUGGAUCUUCACAAUAACAUCUACUUUCACAACAACACCAAAUCAGACAGUUAUAUGCGGAAUGUCCUUGUCUUGACGCUGCCACCGCCCAGUUACACACCGAAUUCCAUAAAUUCCACAGAAGAAUACCUGCUGAAUAAUGACUAUAUUGUCGGCUAUUUGGAUGGAGUCUUGCUCUUUGGACACGUCCUGCAGAAACUUCUGAUCUCCCAACAUCCAGUUGAGAGUCUCACUGAUUUCACUGAACAGUUUCGGAACGUCACAUUUAAAGGUGCAUUGGGUCCAGUGACCCUGGACGAAUUUGGAGAUCUUGAUGUCAAUUUGUCCCUGUUGUAUACAUCAGUAGAUACCUAUCAAUUCCAGACCCUCCUGCAGUAUGACACUCAUCAGAAUGAGACAAAACCAAUGACUACCAGCCCAUCUUUCAUCUGGAAGAACCAGAAGCUUCCUAAUGACAUUCCGAGCACCGGCCCACCCAUCCUGACAAUCGCUGUCUUUGCACUCACUGGGACCGUGGUGUUGGUUCUGAUCAUCGCUCUGCUGGUGUUGAGGAAGUAUAGGAGAGAUAUUGCACUUCGGCAGAAGAAAUGGUCUCACAUCCCCCCUGACAAGAUCCUGCCUCUGGAGACCAAUGAGACAAGCCAUGUCAGUCUGAAGAUUGAUGAAGACAAGAGGCGUGACACAAUCCAGAGACUGCGCCAAGCCAAAUAUGACAAGAAGGUGGUGAUCCUGAAAGAUCUCAAACACAAUGAUGGGAAUUUCACAGAGAAACAAAAGAUUGAACUGAACAAGCUCCUCCAGAUCGACUAUUACAACCUGACAAAGUUCUAUGGCACAGUGAAGAUGGACAUGAUGAUCUUUGGGGUGAUUGAAUACUGUGAGAGAGGAUCAUUGCGGGAUGUCUUAAAUGAUAAGAUCUCCUACCCAGAUGGCACCUUCAUGGACUGGGAGUUUAAAAUCUCUGUCAUGUAUGAUAUUGCCAAGGGAAUGUCCUACCUGCACUCAAGCAAAACUGAGGUCCAUGGCCGCCUCAAGUCCACAAACUGUGUAGUGGACAGCCGCAUGGUGGUGAAGAUCACUGAUUUUGGCUGCAAUUCCAUUCUUCCUCCAAGGAAAGAUCUGUGGACAGCUCCUGAACACCUUCGUCAUGCUGAUGUGUCUCAGAAAGGUGAUGUGUACAGCUAUGGAAUCAUUGCACAGGAGAUCAUCUUGCGCAGGGAGACCUUCUACACUAACUUCUGCCGGGACCACAAAGAGAAACUUUACAGAGUGGAGAGUGGCAAAGGAGUUAGACCCUUCCGCCCAGACCUGGUCCCAGAGACUGCAGGAGAAGGAGAGCUGGAAGUGUAUAUGCUUGUAAAAAGUUGCUGGGAGGAAGAUCCAGAGAAAAGGCCUGACUUUAAGAAAAUUGAGAGCACUCUUGCUAAAAUAUUCAGUAAUUACCACAGUCAGACCAAUGAAAACUACAUGGAUACCUUGAUCCGGCGUCUGCAGCUGUAUUCUCGGAACCUAGAGCAUCUGGUAGAGGAGAGGACGAAGCUCUACAAGGCAGAAAGGGACAGAGCGGACAGGCUUAACUUCAUGCUGCUCCCACGGCCAGUGGUAAAAUCUUUGAAGGAUACAGGGCGGGUAGAGCCAGAGCUGUUUGAAGCAGUAACCAUCUACUUCAGUGACAUUGUCGGCUUCACCACGCUAUGCCAAUACAGCACCCCCAUGGAAGUGGUGGACAUGCUCAAUGACAUCUAUAAGAACUUUGACCACAUUCUUGACCAUCAUGAUGUUUACAAGGUGGAGACCAUUGGUGAUGCGUACAUGGUGGUGAGUGGCUUACCAAACAGAAACGGCAACCGCCACGCAGUGGACAUCUCUAUGAUGGCACUGGAUAUCCUUAGUUUCAUGGGGUCCUUUGAAUUACGACAUCUUCCAGGCCUGCCUGUUUGGAUUCGCAUUGGGAUUCACUCUGGUCCAUGUGCGGCUGGUGUGGUUGGGAUUAAGAUGCCUCGUUACUGUUUAUUUGGAGACACGGUUAACACAGCUUCAAGGAUGGAAUCCACAGGUUUACCUUUACGGAUUCAUGUAAGUGGGUCUACUAUCGCCAUCCUGAAGAGGACAGACUGCCAUUUCCAGUAUAAAGUGAGAGGAAAGACUUACCUGAAGGGCAAAGGAACUGAGAUUACCUAUUGGCUGACAGGGGUGAAGGACCAGCAGUAUAAUCUCCCAACACCUCCUUCUGUGGAGAAUCAGCAACGGUUGCAAGAUGACUUAGCAGGGAUGAUAACAGAGUGUCUGGAGAAAAGGCAAACUGAAGGGGUCCUCGUGCGUGAGCCUUCCCGGGUGGCCAGCUACCGAAAAGGCACCCUAGAGUACCUGCAGUUGGCCACCACAGAAAACUACAGCACCUAUCUGUAAAACUGGAUGUCUAGUGUGACAUAAAAACCAUGUACAGGCUUUGGAAG